GCUGUUAACUGUAUGCUACCCUGUGGCUGUCACCUGAGUAAGGCAAGUUUUUCGUGCUGUGGUGGGAGGGGGGAGAUCCUAAUGUAUUUUUUUAAAUAUAAAAUGGUAUUGACAUGAGUCAGUCCACUUGCCAAUGGACAGCUGAGCUGUUUGAGCUCCCACCUUUUGAAUGUAGUUGGGCUGGAAGGACGGCAGUCCAGUGUGAGCGUGACCCAGGAGCAGGCCCGCAUGCUCCGUGGCAUCGGGUUUGUGAACCAGCUCUGUGCGGUGCCUCUGAGCCAGCUGAGCUCACCCUUGUCCUUUCUGGUGCUUGCAGCCAGGCCAACUCCCCCUUCCAGGGUGAAGAAGCCAUUGCUGUCUCUUCAUCAUGUGGCAGGGAAGAGGCGUGCAAGGAGAGGACUGCACAGCAGCCACCUGCUGGCCCCUGGUACCAGCGGUCCCAUGUAUAUGCAACCUGUACCAUGUUCUGUCAUGCAGAGGAGCCGUUUAUAAUCUACUGUAUUACAGCAGUUGAAAUAUAUUUUCCUAUUAGAGGAGAAAAAAAUUGUCUCUGCCUGUUUCUUUCCUGAGGCUCAGGAUUGGUUUGGGAUGAGGGUGGCAGAAGAGGGGGGAAAGGGAGUGGGGCCGGGUUGGGGGCAGGGUAGAGGUGUGUGGGGCUGCCCUCCUGGAUGGGGAGGGUUGCUGUGGGAGGUCGCUUCCAGAAUGCGGGGAUGGCAGUGCUCUGUUUCCAUAGCAAUAGAGCCAGGGAGGAGCUGCCCAGCUGGUAAUAGCUAGCAGAUUGUUUGUUACUGAAAAUGUCCUUGGUUAAGCAUAAAAAACCCAAGCACCUGUUCACCAUGCCCACCAGUGGAAUGCCAGUUCCUGGAUCAAAGGCAGAUGGAAGAAAAAUGAGCACUUCCUUGUGCACAGGAUCUGUCAGCAAGGACCGCUCAGAGUACAGUUUUGUUCCAGAAGAGCUCUUCCGAGCCCUGACCUGUGCCAGCAGUUCUCUUGACAGCCCAGACUACUUACAGUCCCACCAAAAAAUGAAAAACACAGUGGGCUUCAGGGGCUGCCUGCAAACCCCAGAUCGGCUUUGGCAUUAUCCUAAUCGUCGGAGCAAGUUCAGACACUUGACAGACCACCCUGUCAGCUUGACAGGCGCUGGAAGGGAUGUCUCUUACUUGUGUGAUGUUGUGACUAGCCGAGGAGAUAAGAAAACAGAGGCUCUCCAAAGCUCUUUUUCUCAGAGUCAUCAGGAACAAAGCAGUGGUACAGUCCCAAGCACUCCUCAAGCAACCUCAGUAGAUAGUCUGGUUCCCAAGGAAUUUCACAUCGUGAGAAACCAGGGAGUUUUGCCAUUGAAGUACUUUGAUGAUAAAUACACAACUCUGCUUGAAGACAGUAAAAAGAAACUACGUCUGUUCCCAUCCUUGAAACCUUCUGGGAGGUUAGAGGUCAUGCAGCUCACGGAGGCAAUGGACAGCAUGUUGGAAAAAGCUGGAGUAGAUGAGCUGAUUGGAAUAACAGGACCUUCUCAGCUGCACAACAUGCUGGAGCUGCUGAAGGCGGAGCAGAACAUUUACAACAUAGUUUUCCAUGAGCUGAUUCGGCAGGUCAGCGUGGACUGCAUGGAGAGAGGACAGCUGCUUUCUAAACUCAGGCAGAGGUAUGUGGAUCUCCUGGAGCGUGUUCCUCAGCAGAUGAAGACACUCUACAAAAAGAUGAUGGCUCAGAGACUGGUUGACAGACAUAUUACAGAAGAACUACUCUAUUUUAAGGAGUGUGUUGCACAGCUGGCCAGCGAGCUAUGUGAGGUACGAGAACAUGACUGCAAGGUGACCAAAGAAGCAGAAAAAGCUCAAGAGGAGCUAGCUGCAGCCAUGCAAGAGGCAGAGGCAAAUGCCAACCUUUUGGAACAGUAUCGAGAGUUAUAUGAGUUACAGAGGAGAAGGCUGGAAGACCAAGUUCUGAUGGUAGCCCAAGAGAGAGACAUUUGGAGCUCAGCUGCAUGUGACCUGGCUCUGAAGAUAAUAGAAAGAAACCAGCUCACAUUGGUUCGCAGGCUACAUGUUAGUGGGAAGGCUCUGACCAAAGUUCUCAAGCAUUUCAUAGUCCUUUUGGCUUCAAAGAUGCUGAAGGAAGACAUACAGCUUUAUGCAGGGGAGGCGUAUCUAGCCAAGACUGAAAGUCUCAGGAGUGCUGCCAGGAUACAGGAACACUGGACAGAGCUAGGAGAAACGGUGCUGAGUCGACACCAGGACUUAACUGGAGCAUUGCUUCCACAGCAUGCUGCCCUGGAAGAAAUAAACCGAAGUGCACGUGAACUCUAUCAGCAAUAUAAUAUAAGGAUAAGUGGGAAUAAUGGCACAGCUAGAUUUUUGACAGUCUUGGUGAGAAGUAUGGAAGAUUGGUUAUUUAAGGCACAAAAGCUAAAGCAAGGUUCUGGCAUGCAUCAAACUGAACUGCAGACGUUUUAUCACAUGAUCCCUUCAUGGUUGGCCCAAGUGGAUGCAUUAAUGAGCAUUAUAGGCUCCAGCCAGCUGCAUGAAGCUGAAAAUGAUACGGAACCGCAUUUCCCGGUGGUACCUAGAGAAUUUUUUAAGAUGAUUCAGCAAUGGAUUUUGUCCACGAAUACUGAGGUUGAGAAGAGCACCAUGAAUCUGAAUGAAGAAGUGACUGAACUGCACAGGAACUUGACCCUGUGGCUGGUGAAUUUGCUGCGAUACGUGAUAGCGGAUCGCUUGUCCCGUGAGUGUCCCCAGCAGCAAGAGUCAGACUUUGAGACAGACAAGGAGCUCAGACUUCAGAGUGCUCAUAAACUACAGAAAGAAGCAGAAGAGCUGGUUGCCAAGAUGUGUGGACUGUCUGGUUCUAUAGUCAGCUGCUGCCAUGAGAUUGUCAGCGCAAUCGUUCGAAAGAAACGGUCAAAGAAGGAUUCAGAAGCUGACUUGGAGCUAGAGGAGCUGAAUAAGCUCAAGACUGAGUGCUAUAAUUGGAUUCAGGUGUGUAGCCUUCUCCUUUCAGAGAUCAAAGACAGUCCAAUUUCCUUUCUGCAUUUAGAAGAACUGAGAAACCUCUUUGGAUCAGAGGAAUUGCAAUUGAAGCUUAAGGACACUAUCAUUUCUUCAACUCAAGAAGGGCUUAAAGCUGAUGAUGCCAACAGCAAAAAGAAACCAGUAACAGAGAAAGAAACAUUAACAGUAAAGGAGAAAACUGUUCUUACGCAGGAGCAACCAGGUGCUGGUAUAGACGAUCUGAGUGAAGGCGAUGAAGCUACUGCAGACAUGAUCAGAUACAUAGGACAAGACUCCAACAUCCACCUGAGGUCCCUGAAGUCAGACAUCAUUUCAGUUACAGGGCGGGAGAUGACUGCCAGCAAGUCAUCAACUCCCUUUUCUCAGAAAGAGUUUGAAGCCCUGGCACUGCUGGAACAUCUGCAAGUGCAGCUUCUAGAAACAGAAAUCCGUGCUCAGAAUGCAGAGCAGAGAUCCGAAGAUUUUGAGAAGAAGCUGGAAGAAGCUCUGGAGAGAAUCCAGGAGCUAGAGAGUGAGCUGGAGAAAAGGGGGCAAGUCCUCUCAGAAGCAACACCCAAAGAAGGGCAAGAAAUAUGUUUACAAGAAAGCGUGUCUGAAGGUGAAGCCUGCUCAGCUCCCAAAACUUCCACCUCUGGCCAGUCCAAGCGAUCCAGAAAAAGCAAACAAUAAAAAUAACAAUGCCUGAGCAGUUUCUUGGUGACUAUUCAGAGUAGUUUUCCCCCCCCAGUCCACUGGCUUUACUCCUUAUUAGCUACCCCUCUCUCUGUGCCAUCUCGGCACUUAUGCUGUUCUUCUAGCUGGCUCUACCACUUCCACACCUGCCUUGUGCUUGUCCUCUAGUUCCUCGCACAGCUCUAACAUCUCCACAGCUUGUUCACCCUCUCUGUAUGCCGAUAUGCCAUUUAAAACACAUACUCCAUCUCCCUGUGAUUUCUGGUUUUGGCAUAUGAGUUCUCCUGGGCUGCCCAUGUGCAGUACCCCUACAACCUGAACAAGCCAAACCAGCCAGGGAGGUGGUCACCCAGGACUUCUGCCUCAGCCAGUCCCCAGCCUGGGAUAGUCUGUGUGGUUAUGAAGCUCUGCCAGGACAGCAGCAGCUGCCUGGAUUUGGCAUGACUCUAAAGUUCAACCCAGUCUCAGCUCUGAAGAGCAGGUACUGAAGCUGUCAAGAAUCAUGUCUGCUCCAGACAGCCUCUGCCAAUUCCCCUGGAGUAAAUUCUAUUAUGGAACCUACCAUAUAUCAGUAACACUGAAGCACAUUUUUAAAUGAUGUUUUCCUUCUUUGAGGUUUUGAAUUUAUACCUCCUGAAGGUAAAAUUACAAGUUUCUGCCAACUCUGUAUAUGUUAAAAAGAAAAAACCCUGCCAGAACAAGGAUUCUUUGGAACUCAGGAUGCUCCUAGCUGUCAUU